AUGGCGCCGUCAUCCACUGCCCAAGCCCCAUCCAUCGAGGUGCAGAACCUCUCUUAUAAAUUCCAAGAUGGGUCUGCGGGGCUCCAAGAUGUGCAAUUGAGUCUUCCACCAGGUAGCCGAACGCUGCUAAUCGGCGCCAACGGAGCCGGCAAAACCACUUUGCUCCGCCUAGUCUCAGGAAAACGCCUAGCACCCAACGACACAAUUUCCGUGGGAGGCAAAGACCCCUUCAAAGAAGGCCUGGAGGGAGUCACCUACCUCGGCGUAGAAUGGGUACUGAACAGCAUCGUUCGCACCGACAUCGACGUGCCAACCUUACUAUCCUCUGUGGGCGGCGAUGUCUACACAGAACGUCGUGACGAACUAGUCGAUAUCCUCGACAUCGAUCUGAGCUGGCGCAUGCACGCUGUUUCGGACGGUGAACGCCGUCGUGUCCAGCUAGCUAUGGGUCUUCUGCGACCCUGGCAGGUCCUUCUCCUUGAUGAGAUCACUGUCGAUUUGGAUCUAUUGUCUAGAAGCAAUUUCCUCGCUUUCCUGAAGCGUGAGACGGAGACGCGUGCUUGCACUAUUGUUUAUGCUACGCAUAUUCUGGACAAUCUGGCGCAGUGGCCGACUCAUUUGGCGCAUAUGCAUUUGGGUAAGGUUAAGGCGUGGGGACCCGUUGAACAAUUCUAUCAGGAAAUUCCGCAGUGGACUUCUGAGAAUAGUCGGCUUGGUGAGUUGGUUCUUAAAUGGUUGAAGGAGGAUCUUGAUGCUCGGGGCCCGCGGAAGGGUCGGCCAGCGGAGGGGAAAACUUACGAAUCUCUUGAGGGACUGGGAGGUUAUGGACUUGAGAAGCACAGUUAA